ACCUCUGCCGUAUUAAACUACCAAAAGACCAAAAAGAAACAAUCCAACCUCGAGUUCUUCCCUGCAGCAGCUUCGCGCAUCUCGCACCGCACACCACCGCACCCCUAUCGCAUUGCAACACGCUUCACUCAACUGACACUUCACUGCCGCCGCUCAAGGGACGUCCGCUGGCCCAGCUACUGCUGUAUGAACAGAGCAGACACACGCCUCCACGCCAGGAAGCUUCCUAUUUUUCUUCGCCCUUCACCCUUCCACUCUCACGCACAAAGGCAUUCAAUACCACUUCUACCUCGCACUGAGAGAGCUUCCCGCAGCCCACCAUGUGGAUUAUCAACUGGUUCUACGAUGUCCUCGCCUCGCUCGGCCUGCUCAACAAGCAUGCCAAACUACUGUUCCUCGGCCUCGAUAAUGCCGGAAAGACCACUCUUCUGCACAUGUUGAAGAACGACCGGGUUGCUCUCAUGCAGCCUACCUCACACCCAACCUCUGAAGAGCUGGCUAUCGGCAACAACAGAUUCACCACCUUCGAUUUGGGCGGUCACUUGCAGGCCCGUCGCCUGUGGAGAGACUACUUCCCCGAAGUCAACGGCAUCGUCUUCCUAGUCGAUUCGAUGGACGUGGAGCGUUUCCCCGAAGCCAAAGCCGAGCUCGACGCUCUUCUCAACAUGGAAGAUCUAGCCAAGGUCCCGUUCCUCGUUCUCGGAAAUAAAAUCGACCAUCCCUCCGCUGUCUCCGAGGACCAGCUCAGAGCUGCUCUGGGUCUGUAUCAGACCACUGGCAAGGGCAAGGUGCCGUUGGAGGGAAUCAGGCCCAUCGAGUUGUUUAUGUGCAGUGUUGUGAUGAGACAGGGUAAGUUCAUGAUCUGCCUACCCACAACUCGGUUAAACGCUACGAAGCUUGGACCAAUGCUAAGGACCUUUGUUCGGGAAUAUUUAGGCUACGGUGAAGGUAUCCGAUGGAUGUCGCAAUACGUCUAAAUGUCGCAAACCAGUUUCAGAACAACAACAACAACAACAACACCGCUGACUACGCUUUUCUUCCGCCGUCUUGUCUAAAAUGGGAAUGAACCGUCGAUGCAUGUAUGCUCCUUUUUUUUUCUUGUUAUGUCAUGCUAGCAACUUAUUUCACCAGAGCAUGAACGACGGUGAGCGAGUAUGUAGGUGCGCCUAACCACCCACCUGCCCACACUCACUCACUUGGCCGAACUCCCUUCUCACUACUACACACACAUCUAGCCCCCCUCCCCUCGAACCCGUCCAAUGUCUCUAAUUAACUCUAUCUAUUAUGAAUCCAUCCAGCAAAUCAUACCUUCUUUGACGAUUUAUUUUAUUUCUUUUUUCU